UAUAUCGAAGCAGGCAAUGUGCUCGCUACCUAUGCUUUGGGGUCCUCUACUGACAUUCCGCAUUUUCAAUAUGGCGUCCUACUUGACACACUUGCUAAAACCUUGGAGUCCAAGGUUGACAUUAGUGAGAUGGAGUCGGUACAACCCAUACUAUCUGGAUCCGGAGACAAACAGAGACGCGUAUACGAAACCAGACACAGAACUGACGCCGGAGCAAAUCGAGGAGCGGGAGCUGAAGAAAGUGCGCCCAAUCAAGGCGGCGGUGGCAGCAGUCUCCAGCUCAGGGUUCAACGAUCCGUUAAUGAAUAAGUUCAUCAACAUGAUGAUGCAGGAGGGCAAAAAGAUCCUCGCCAGGGACAUUAUGAACCAGACGCUAGAGUCAAUUAAGAGGAAGCAAGUGGAGAAGUACCACAAAGCAGGCCAGAAAGCCAAGAUGGAGAUCGAGUGCAACCCCCACGCCAUCUUCCACCAAGCCAUGGAGAACUGCAAACCUGUCAUCGGUCUGGCCAGCAUACAGAGAGGAGGAAAAUCCUACCAGGUCCCCAUCCCUCUGACGGACGAGCGUCGGCGUUUCCUGGCUAUGAAGUGGAUGAUCGCGGAGUGUCGUGAUAACAAGCACCGCCGCACGCACAUGUACGAGAAGCUCUCCCAGGAGCUGCUGUCUGCCUUCUCCAACGAGGGUAACGUCAUCAAGAAGAAGCACGAACUACACAAGAUGGCCGAGGCCAACAGAGCCUACGCACACUACCGCUGGUGGUGAAGCGCUUCCAUGUGGUUAACAUCUGAGACUGUUACUGCGGACAUGGUUACUUACUUCCUCCCUCCUAGUGAGGACAGGAAGGUUAACUGUAUGCCUUUGUGUCCCAGACUUGUCAUCGCUGGGCCUGUGUAAAUAACUAUGAACAUUUCACUCCAUCUUGGUUAGAAGGGGAUUGAAGAAAGGUGACUACGUUUGUUUUGAAUACACAGCUUUGCUAAAUGGAGAUAAUUCAACAAAUUGCCUUUUGAAAGGAUUUGAAGUUUGGACAUGAGGGAAAAAGAGAAGACAAAACGCAUCGAGGUCAGGCUGUGAGGGUGGCGUACUGUAGACACGCUCUGUGCAUUGAUGAAGCUGGUUAAGUGUAAACGCUCUGCGGAACUAUGAACACUGUCUUGUAGUACUUGGAGAGCGUAUGUGUAAAAUAUGAUGGGCGAGUGUGUUUGUGUUGUGCAAAUAAAUGAAUGUCUUUGAUAA